CCAAUGCAGGAAGUAGGAAGUAGCCAAUGUACACACCGUUUCGUGUUUUUAAUAGCUCUCUAACUAGCAAUACUUUAUACGUGACUAGGGUUCUCUCGUAUGUUUUCGAAAUUAUCAGUCGUCGUAUGGACUAAGAAAGCGCUCAACAUAUGGUCCGUGGAUAACGUAUGACAAGGUCCGUUGACAAGGUUCUCUCCAUGAGUCACAGUCGGAACCCCCCGCCCAGGGGACAGGGGGCAGCGCGAGCCAAACAGAUGGGGCUGCUCCUGGAUCUGUCUCCGGAUGGAGGAGGAAAUGAAAAAGAGCUGGAGGCGGAGCUACUGGCUCUGAUGGGCGGGGGCGGGUCCCAGGGGAAGAAAGGGACAGGAAAAGCUCCAGUUCCCAUGGCUGAUAUCGAGCGUAUGGCGGCUCUGUGUAUGAAGGACCUUGAUGAGGAUGAUGAUGAUGGGGAUGAUGAUCUGGAGGAUGAUGAUGAUCUCCUGGCUGAGCUGAAUGAGGUUUUGGAGGACGAUGAUGAUGAAGAGGUUCAGAAACCUGCCACCACUCCAAGCUCUAACUCCACCCCCGCUCCACCCCCAGCACUCCUAGUGGUGCAACCGGGCUGGAGGCCUGCCUGGCUGAACGCAUUGACAUGUACCAGACAGCCAUCUCCAAUGCUAAUGCAGAGGGGAGACCAGCAAGGCUCGCAGAUACGACCGCGGAUUGAAGACGUUGCAGUCCAUGAUGACGUCAGCCAAGAAAGGAAAACCAAUCAACGAAGAGGAAAUCCCGCCUCCUGUCUCCACAGGUGGAAAGCCUGCCCCAGCCCCGUGCAGCAGCCUAAACCAAUCAAAGAACGGGGGCUGCCAACCCCAGUGCUGACGCCCUCCCCGUUCACCAAUCAGAAGCCUCUGAGGGAGGCUCCGCCUGUUGCCCCGCCUCCUAAGCCCCGCCUCCUGGUCCCCCUCAGAAACACACUGCCGUUACCCCGGAUACACCUGCUAUCUCCCCCCUCACCCCCAUUCAACCAGACGCACGGCACUCAGAGUUGAAGCAGUGUGUUCUAAACAGACAGAGGGAGUAUAAGCUGGCAGCCCUCCACGCCAAGCAGGGAGGAGAGUCAGAGCUGGCCAGACAACACUACCACAUCGCCAAGGUACCCCAUACACUAGGGG